AUGGGCAGCCUCCGCACGCUCUUCGUCCGCGGCCUGGCCGAGCGGGUGUCCGAAGAUGCCCUGAAGGUGAAGUUCGAGGCCGUGGGCCCGGUGCUGCGGUGCUUCACCGUGGCGCCCAAGUCGGGCGGCGCGCACUUGGGAUACGGAUUCGUCGAGUUCGAAAAGGCGGCCGACUGCAGGGCGGCCAAGGAACGGCUGAACGGCAGCGCCAUGGAGGGCAAGCCGAUCAAGAUUGAAUUCGCGCGCAAUCGGGCUGGGAAAGAGGAGCGGAAGAGGCCGAAGAGGGAGGGCUCGUCGGAGGAGGGAAAGAUCAGUGCGAACGGGGAAUCGACGUCAACAAAGUUGGCAAUCCCUGUGGUGCUGAAGACGCCGCACGUGCUGGUGCGGUCUGUUGCGGUCGGCGGCUUUACCGCGCCGCUGGCAGAAGCGGUUGAGGAGCUGUCUCGGGGAGCUGGAGAGGUUGAGGCUGUGAUUAGUCCUCUCCCAGCUGACAUUUGUGAGUCGGCAAACCUUGCAAGGGAUGGUUGCAAGGGCGAGUCCAUGCUCGUGGUGUACAAAACGGUUAAAAUGGCAAUGGAGGCCGUCAGUCGACUGCAUGGACAGGCUUGCAGGUCCAGCAGGCCAAAGAAAAAGAGAAAGAAAUCUGAAGAUCCUGCUGUUGCUGCCUCAGUGGAGGAGUGCAAGCUCUGGUGCCGCCAAGUGUCUGGUGAAGGGGCACACUUGAAAAAGUGGCGCUUGAUUAUCCGCAACCUCCCUUUUCAGGUGACGGAAGAAGCUGUGCGCGAAGUCCUGCAGGCUGCUGGAUUUGUUUGGCAGCUGGACCUUCCUCGAAAAGAAGAUGGUAGCCUCAAGGGAUUUGGAUUUGCCACAUUCACUUGUUGUGCGCAUGCUGAGAAAGCCAUAUCGACCAUUAACGGCAAGUCUAUUGGGGGCAGACAAGUUUCCAUCGAUUGGGCUGUGGGCAAAUCUGAGUACAUCCAACAAGUGAAGCACCACGCAGCAGAACCCAAAGCUGUGCACAUGGGUGCUGAAAAUGGAAGCAAAACAGAGAAAGGAAGCCAGAUGGCAAAUUACAACAAGCACAGCCAAAGUGCUGACAAUGCAGAGGCAGAUGUGAAGUCAGAAACCAAGAUGAUGCGCAAUGUUUUGCAGCAGUUCCUGGUCGACGAAGGAGAAGAGGGAGAAGCAGUACAGGAGAACAAUGUUAGACCCAGUCCUGGUUCUGAUGGGCAGGAGGGGGGUGGUUCGCCCAGAGUAGGUGUGGACAUGGAAGCUGCACUGUCAAAUGGCCGGGAGGAAAGGAAGGCUCGAUAUCAGCAAAAGCACACUGACAAUGCCAAGAGCUGCACUGUAUUUGUGAGGGGCCUUCCACUGGAUGUGAAGAAGCACAUGGUCAUGGCGGCACUGGAGAGAUUUGGCGCCAUCAAGAGCUGCCGAAUCGUUGUCCAUCCUGACACAGGGAAGUCCAAAGGCACUGCCUUUGUGGACUUUGCGAAUGCCGAUGGGGCAAAGCAGGCUGUCGAGGAGGCAGAGUCGGGCCGCCAAGGAAAGAGCGCUGGCAUCAGCAUACUGGGCUGCAUGCUGACGGUGAAUUUGGCCCUGAGCCGAGAAGGUAUCCAGCAACUGGCGAAAGAGAGAGGAGAUGCUUGGAGAAAGAAAGACAAGAGGAACCUCUACCUUGCAAAGGAAGGCGAGAUCGAGGAGGGGUCCCAACUGUGGGUGGAAUUGUCUCCUGGAGACAGGACAAAGAGGCGGCAAGCGGGGGUCCAAAAGAAGCAGAAACUUGGGAAUCCGAACUUCUAUGUGUCAACGACACGGUUGUGCAUUCGGAAUCUUCCUGGGGCCAUGGAAGAGAAGGAACUGAAAGAGAUGUGCAUCAAGGCGUGCAAGCAGCGGGCCACAAAAGCAAACCCACGCAUCAAGCAGGUCAAGAUCCUAACUGAAGAGAAAGGAAAUGGCAGGUUGAAAUCGAGGUGUCGAGGUUUUGUGGAGUUUUACCAGCAUGACCAUGCUCUGGCCACGCUGAGGCAGCUGAAUGCCAACCCACAUGUGUUUGGGCCCCAAAAGCGGCCCAUCGUCGAGUUUGCCAUGGAGAAUGCAAAGAAGGUCAAGCAGCACGAGGCAAUGGUUGCUGCAGCCAGGGCCAGGUGCAAGCUCGAGAAAGAAAGGAGGGAGGCCGAUUCGGAAGGGCAGGAUAUAAGAGAGAAGCCCACAAGGGGCAAAGGGAAGGCUGCGGAGCGUGCCAAGCCCCUGGUAGAGAGGGAAGCGCCCAGUCGCCAAGCUGAAGGGGACAGUGUGAAGCCAGGGGCCAAGAGGAAGAUGGCAGAAGGAGAGCGCAGGAAGGCACAGCAGGACCGUCAGAAAAAGAUUGAGAAUAAAGCGCAGGAAAAGAAAGAGGCGAACAGCACAGGGCCUGCAGGACCAGAACUAUCCAGAAAGAUUCCGGCAUCAGGAGGAAAACAAAAACAGCAGGAGCAGCUGGCAAAGGGGAAGAAGGAGGUGCACAAAGCUGCAAAGAAAGAAUUGAAGCGAAAGCGGAAGGCCGAGCCUGAGGAGAAAGACAGUCUGGACAACCUCGUCUCCAAGUACAGGACAAAGUAUUUCGCUUCGCCCAAACCCGAACCUGGACAUGUGACGGAAAAUUCUUUUAGCAAGUGGUUCUCUUAG